UGGCUGGAGCAGGGGCCUCGAGACGCCGCUCAAGUCUCACGGGCAGAUGGGUUGGACAAAACGUUGCCCGCCUUCUUCUUCCCAGACAGGCAGGGAAUCCCUCUUCUUCCUUUUGCUGAAUCAGCUGGAGAAGAAAGCCCAGCAGGAGGCCGGCCAGCCUCAGCCCCAGGCCCUACCAGGGUCCCAGUAGAUAAAUGGCAAGCAAAAAACAAGAAGUCCAGUUACAGACAGUCAUCAAUAAUCAAAGCCUGUGGGAUGAGAUGUUGCAGAACAAAGGCUUAACAGUGAUUGAUGUUUACCAAGCCUGGUGUGGACCUUGCAAAGCAAUGCAACCUUUAUUCAGAAAAUUGAAAAACGAACUGAACGAAGAUGAAAUUCUGCAUUUUGCUGUUGCAGAAGCUGACAACAUUGUGACUUUGCAGCCAUUUAGAGAUAAAUGUGAACCUGUUUUUCUCUUUAGUGUUAAUGGCAAAAUUAUCGCAAAGAUUCAGGGUGCAAAUGCACCGCUUGUUAAUAAAAAAGUUAUUAAUUUGAUCGAUGAGGAGAGAAAAAUUGCAGCAGGUGAAAUGGCUCGACCUCAGCAUCCUGAAAUUCCAUUAGUAGACUCAGAUUCAGAAGUUAGUGAGGAAUCACCAUAUGAAAGUGUUCAGGAAUUAUACAGUAUUGCUAUUAUCAAACCAGAUGCUGUGAUCAGUAGAAAAGGUCUAGAAAUUAAAAGAAGAAUCACCAAAGCCGGAUUUAUUAUAGAAGCAGAGCAUAAGACAGUGCUCACUGAAGAACAAGUUGUCAACUUCUAUAGUCGAAUAGCAGACCAGGCUGACUUCGAAGAGUUUGUCUCUUUUAUGACAAGUGGCUUAAGCUACAUUCUAGUUGUAUCUCAAGGAAGUAAAUCCAAUCCUCCCUCUGAAGAAACUGAAUCACAGCCUGACACUGAACCUAACGAACCAUCUGAGGAUCAACCUGAGGUCAAUGCCCAGGUUACACCUGGAAUGAUGAAGAACAAACGAGACAGUUUACAAGAAUAUCUGGAAAGACAACAUGUAGCUCAGUUUUGUGACCUUGAAGAGGAUGCAACUAAUGUUGCUAAGUUCAUGGAUAUUUUCUUCCCUGAUUUAAAAAAAAUGAAAAGCAUGAAAUUAGAAAAGACAUUGGCAUUACUUCGACCAAAUCUGUUUCAUGAAAGGAAAGAUGAUGUUUUGCAUAUUAUUAAAGAUGAAGACUUCAAAAUACUGGAGCAAAGACAAGUAGUAUUAUCGGAAAAAGAAGCACAAGCACUGUGCAAGGAAUAUGAAAAUGAAGACUAUUUUAAUAAACUUAUAGAAAACAUGACCAGUGGUCCAUCUCUAGCCCUUGUUUUAUUGAGAGACAAUGGCUUGCAACACUGGAAACAAUUACUGGGACCAAGAACUGCUGAAGAAGCCAUUGAAUAUUUUCCAGAGAGUUUGUGCGCAAAAUUUGCGGUGGACAGUUUGCCGGUCAACCAGUUGUAUGGCAGCGAUUCAUUAGAAACCGCUGAAAGGGAAAUACAGCAUUUCUUUCCUCUUCAAAGCACUUUAGGCUUGAUUAAACCUCAUGCAACAAGUGAACAAAGAGAGCAGAUCCUGAAGAUGAUUAAGGAGGCUGGGUUUGAUCUGACACAGGUGAAGAAAAUGUUCCUAACUCCUGAGCAAAUAGAGAAAAUUUAUCCAAAAAUAACAGGAAAAGACUUUUAUAAAGAUUUAUUGGAAAUGUUAUCUGAGGGUCCAUCUAUGGUCAUGAUUCUGACCAAGUGGAAUGCUGUUGCAGAAUGGAGACGAUUGAUGGGCCCAACAGACCCAGAAGAAGCAAAAGUACUUUCCCCUCACUCUAUCCGAGCCCGGUUUGGAAUAAGUAAGUUGAAAAACAUUGUCCAUGGAGCAUCUAACGUCUAUGAAGCAAAAGAGGUUGUUAAUAGACUCUUUGAGAAUCCUGAGGAAAACUAAAGUAUAUACUGUGAAGUGUAUUCCCAAGAGAACUGAAAACAGGGACUCAAACAUAUACUUGUACAGUAAUGUUUAUAGAAAAAUGAUUCACAAUAGCCAAAAGGAAGAAACCAGCCAAGUGUCCAUAAAGUGCGGUAUAAAGAUACAAUGGAAUAUUAUUUAGCCAUUCAAAGGAAUAAAGUAUUGAUGCAUACUGCAACAUGGAUGAAUCUCAAAAAAAUUUUGCUAAAUGAAAUGUUAGACACAGAAGAACACAUAUUGAAUGUUACCACUUAUAUGAGGUACCUAGAACAAGCAAUU